UUCCUUAACUGGUUUCCAGAUUAAGGAUCCUAUACCUGUAUUGAAUAUAAAAUGACUAUGUUUAAUUAUUACUGCCCCCUACAGGAAUACAAGAGGCUCCUUUCCAGGUGAAUGGACUCCUAAACCAGUCUGUCUCCUUAUCGCCCCAUCUGCAGCUGAUGAUCCCAGUAAAAAGAGUAGUCUGGGAACGGAAACAUAAUGGAGAGAUCUUUUCAGUGGCAGAAUACAAGGAUCUGCUUCUCUCAGUUCAGAGCAAACAGUUCACCAAUCGCCUGGAAGCAUCUGACAGUGGAACAGUAUUGAGAAUCAGAGAGCUGAGGUUGGAGGACAGUGAUAUCUAUAAGGAGUUAAUUACACUUACAAAUUCAACUAUCAAGACAGUGUUUUUUAAUCUCACCGUUUACGAACCUGUUCCAGUACCAAACAUAGAAAUAGAAGGGGUGAUCAACAGCACAACCUGGUGCAAUUUUACUCUUCAUUGUUCCGUUCCAAGUAACGUAUCAUCAGGGUCCGUCAGUUGGCUGUACAGAUAUGAAGGCUCUGAGUACCAGCAUUAUACUGGGAGAAGCACAGUGGAGAUAUCACUGCCCAGUAUGACAGAUAAUAUGGAAUUACUUUGUUUGGUACAAAACCCAGGAGAUAAAAACAAUCAGAGUGUAAAUGCACAAGAUAUUUGCCAGUAUGCCGUGCAGUCAGAUGAACAUUCUGGUAAGUAGAGUGGGUAUGUUUUAGUAAGGUCCAGAUUCGUUUUAUUAGUCACAGCCAAGUAAAAAUCUUGCUGUAAAUGAUGUUCUAUAGUGAUGGGUGAAUUUAUUUGCCCGGCGCAAAUUCACGGUGAAUUUGCU